AUGAUGCUCCGCACCCGAACUUUCCUACGUGCAAUGUCUUCCUUCAAAGGCGGAGUUGAUUCCCAAGGCUAUUCGUUCCCCACAACCACAGACAUCACCACCUCCCCGUUUUAUAAACUUGCAUCAGGCCGCACACGUCCGGUCCUGCCGAGCUUUGAAAACCCGGCCGAGGAAAGUAUAUACAGGAAAGAACACCUAGCAGCCGUUUUUAGAGUUCUGGGCAAACAUGGACAUGGGGAAGGCAUUGCAGGGCAUUGUAGCGUGAGGGACGCUGUGAAGCCAGAUUGUUUUUGGGUAAACCCAUGGACCAAAUCGUUUUCACGCAUGAAAGCUUCGGACUUGAUGCUUGUUAAUCAUGCGGGUGAGGUUGUGGAGGGAGACCGUGCUGUAGAUGCGUCUGCGACGUCGCUUCAUUCAGCUUUACACGAAGCAAAUCCCUCACUCAUAGGGAUAGUGCAUGUCCAUGGCCCAUACUCCAAGGCUUUCAGUGCUCUUGGCCGUCAGCUUGACAUGAUAAAUCAGGACAGCUGCGUCUUCCAUAACUCACAUGUCCUUGUUCCCUUUGGCGGGUUGAUUCAGGGCCGAGAUGAGGGAGUUCGGAUUUCCAAGCUCCUUGGUGGUGAGAAUGAGGGAUUGAAGAAGAUUGCAGUUUUGGAGAAUCACGGGGCAUUGGCCUUUGGUCAAUCAAGUAUCGACGAGGCAGCUUGGUGGUUUUUGAAUUUUGAAAUGUGCUGUCGGGCACAGUUGCUCUUUGAUAGCGCGGUGGGGAGAAACCAAACAGGGAAGAUACCAGAAGAGUCGAGGGUCAAGAUUAUCGGCGGUACAGAGAGAGAGUUUACGAAGUUUGAGAUGGGAUCACCGGAAAUGGGGUGGUUAAAUUUUGCGCCAUAUUAUGAGGACCUUGAAUGGGAGACCAAGGGCGAUUUCAAGAAUUGA